AUGAGUUUAAAAGAAGUAUUCGAAUCAUCACCGUGGAGGUCAUUUAAAAAAUUCUAUGAAGCUGCAAAGAAUGCGGGAUUUAAUGAUAGAACAGAAAUUAAGAGAUUUUAUGAUGAAAAUAUAGUUCAUCAGGUUAAAGUUAAUCCAUACGACUACUACCUUCCCAUUUAUUCUAAAACCCAUGAUGCAUAUCAAUUUGAUACACUCGUUCAGAGUAAGAAAGGAAGAAAGCCACCAUUUUUGAUUUUCAUUAAUGUUAAUACACGAAAAGCUUUUGCGUAUAUAAUGAAAAAUAAAGGAACAAAAGAAGUUUUAAGAGUUUUGCAGACGUUCGUGGCAGAACAUCAUCCCACUUCAUUAACUUCAGACCAGGAUUCAGCAUACCUCAGUAACGAAAUUACAGAAUUUUUGAUUAAACAUAACGUUACUCAUUACACGACUGAAGACCAUAACCAUAAUAUUUUAGGUAUCAUUAAUCGUUUCAUUCGAACGCUCAGAGAUUUAAAUAAAGAAAGAGAUUUUACGGAGGAAUCAAUGAAUAAAGUCAUUAAUGCUUAUAAUAAAUCAACUCAUAACAGCACAGGAUUUAAACCAAACGAAAUGACUUCAAAAGAGGAGGAUGAAUAUAUAAAACAAAAAAGAAUGUUAACGGAGGAAAGAAGAAGUUCAUCAUUACUACCAGGAACUAAAGUUAGAAUCAUUCUUGAACAUAAACCGCAUGAAAAAGUAAGAAAUCAGUUAAGUGAUGAUUAUUAUAUCGUUGAUUCCUCACAGGGUAAUGGUUAUUUAAUUAAAGCAGCUGACCAUUCGGUUGCGUUUUAG